UAUAUAUCAUCAAACCGUGUAGUCAAGUUCCUCGUUACCUCCCAUUCGCGCACUCUCGCAGAUAGAGGGAGAGGGAAAGAGAACGGCGGGCUUACGAUCUUCACAGAGUUCGUUAAAGAAAUUGAAGAUUUAGGGUUUUCUUCUUUUUUGGGUGGCGGAAGAGGGGAGAGGCAAACAUGGCAUCAAUAGAUGCUGAGAUAGGUAGGACUCAAGAAGAGAGGAAGAAGAUGGAGCAACAGCUCGCAUCCCUUACUUCGGUUACGUACGAUGUUGAUCUCUACGGUGGUGAAAACCGGUUUGAGGGGUAUGAGCGCUCUAUUCCUGUGAAUGAAGAUGAGGAGAAUCAAGAUUCCAUGGAUUCAGAAGUUGCUAGGAGGCUAGCUUCUUUUACAGCACCGAAGUCGGUUCUGAAGGAUAUCCCAAGAGGUGGCGAGGAAGAUGACGGUAUGGGCUUUAAGAAACCGCUGAGGAUUAUUGAUAGGGAGGAUGAUUAUAGGAAAAGGAGGCUUAAUCGUGUUAUUUCGCCCGAUCGAAAUGACGCAUUCGCAAUGGGUGAUAAGACUCCAGAUGUGUCAGUGAGGACUUAUGCAGAUAUUAUGAGGGAGGAGGCAUUGAAGAGAGAAAAGGAGGAGACUUUGAGAGCUAUUGCGAAGAAGAAGAAAGAGGAAGAAGAAAGCAAGGCUUCGGAAAGAGAAAGGGAUGCUGGGUCUGCACCGGUGCAGCCAACUCAAAAGAGGAGGAAUCGAUGGGACCAAUCUCAGGAGUCAGACACCAGUAGCAAGAAAGCAAAAACUGCAUCGGCUUCUGAUUGGGACAUGCCGGAUUCGACUCCAGGAAUUGGUCGAUGGGAUGCAACUCCAACACCUGGGAGGGUAGCUGAUGCUACACCUUCAGUUUCUAGAAGAAACCGGUGGGACGAAACACCAACGCCUGGUCGUUUGGCUGAUUCUGAUGCGACCCCUGCUGCUGGGGGGGCCACUCCUGGUGCAACUCCUGCUGGCAUGACAUGGGAUGCUACUCCUAAGCUGGCUGGACUUGCCACGCCGACCCCCAAACGUCAGAGAUCAAGAUGGGAUGAGACCCCUGCAAGUAUGGGAAGUGCAACUCCAUUGCCUGGGGCAACACCAGCUGCAGCGUACACACCGGGUGUGACUCCUGUAGGAGGAAUCGACCUUGCAACACCAACUCCUGGAGCAAUCAAUCUUCGGGGUUCAAUUACACCUGAGCAAUAUAAUUUACUUCGAUGGGAGAAGGACAUUGAAGAGAGAAACCGCCCAUUAACAGAUGAAGAGCUGGAUGCGAUGUUCCCUCAGGAGGGAUAUAAGAUCCUUGAGCCACCAGCAUCAUAUGUUCCAAUCAGAACCCCAGCCAGGAAGCUUCUUGCCACCCCAACUCCACUAGGUACUCCUCUUUAUGCAAUCCCAGAAGAGAACCGUGGGCAGCAGUUUGAUGUUCCAAAAGAAGCACCUGGUGGUCUACCAUUUAUGAAACCAGAGGAUUACCAAUACUUUGGGGCAUUGUUGAAUGAAGAAGAUGAAGAAGAGUUGUCCCCAGAAGAACAAAAAGAGAGGAAGAUCAUGAAGCUUUUGCUCAAGGUUAAGAACGGGACACCUCCUCAGAGGAAAACAGCACUGAGGCAGCUAACUGACAAAGCUCGGGAGUUUGGUGCAGGUCCACUUUUCAACAGAAUCCUGCCAUUGCUCAUGCAGCCCACAUUAGAAGAUCAGGAAAGACACCUUCUGGUUAAGGUUAUUGAUAGGGUACUGUAUAAGUUGGAUGAGCUGGUUCGGCCUUUUGUUCACAAGAUUCUAGUCGUUAUUGAGCCUCUGUUGAUUGAUGAGGAUUAUUAUGCUCGUGUAGAAGGAAGAGAGAUCAUUUCCAAUCUCAGUAAAGCAGCUGGCUUGGCAACAAUGAUUGCUGCAAUGCGACCUGAUAUUGACAAUAUUGAUGAAUACGUCAGGAAUACGACUGCAAGGGCUUUCAGUGUGGUUGCUUCUGCACUAGGAAUUCCUGCACUCCUGCCAUUUUUAAAAGCUGUUUGUCAGAGUAAGAAAUCUUGGCAAGCUAGACACACAGGAAUUAAGAUUGUCCAGCAGAUUGCCAUCUUGAUUGGCUGUGCUGUUCUUCCACAUCUCAGGUCGCUUGUUGAAAUCAUAGAACAUGGUCUUAAUGACGAGAAUCAGAAGGUGAGAACAAUUACUGCACUCUCUCUGGCUGCGCUUGCUGAGGCAGCUGCUCCAUAUGGUAUUGAAAGUUUUGAUUCAGUCUUGAAGCCUCUAUGGAAGGGUAUCAGAUCACAUCGUGGGAAAGUCUUGGCUGCUUUCUUGAAGGCUAUUGGGUUUAUCAUUCCACUAAUGGAUGCGAUUUAUGCUAGUUACUAUACUAAGGAAGUUAUGUUCAUUCUGAUUAGAGAGUUCCAGUCACCAGAUGAAGAAAUGAAGAAAAUUGUGCUUAAAGUGGUGAAGCAAUGUGUGAGUACGGAAGGGGUGGAAGCUGAUUAUAUUCGAAGUGAUAUUCUCCCUGAGUUUUUCCGUAAUUUCUGGGUUAGAAGGAUGGCAUUGGAUCGUAGAAAUUACAGGCAGCUUGUGGACACAACUGUUGAGAUAGCGAACAAGGUUGGUGUGGCUGACAUAGUAGGGAGAAUUGUUGAAGAUCUGAAAGAUGAAAGUGAACCCUAUAGGCGGAUGGUGAUGGAGACAAUUGAGAAGGUAGUUGCAAAUUUGGGUGCGUCAGAUAUAGAUGCCCGGCUGGAGGAGCUGUUGAUUGAUGGGAUCCUGUAUGCUUUCCAAGAACAAACAAGCGAUGAUGCUAAUGUUAUGCUGAAUGGAUUUGGUGCUGUGGUCAAUGCUCUUGGGCAGAGGGUGAAGCCUUACCUUCCCCAGAUCUGUGGUACCAUAAAGUGGCGUUUGAACAAUAAAAGUGCAAAGGUGAGACAGCAAGCUGCAGAUCUCAUUUCGAGGAUUGCUGUUGUCAUGAAGCAGUGCCAAGAGGAACAGCUAAUGGGCCACCUUGGGGUGGUCUUGUAUGAAUACUUGGGUGAAGAGUAUCCUGAAGUCCUGGGGUCCAUACUGGGAGCUCUCAAGGCCAUUGUCAAUGUUAUUGGUAUGACAAAAAUGACACCCCCAAUAAAGGAUUUGCUCCCUCGCCUGACACCAAUUCUGAAGAACCGGCAUGAGAAGGUUCAGGAGAACUGUAUUGACCUUGUUGGUAGAAUUGCUGAUCGUGGAGCUGAAUUUGUACCUGCUAGGGAGUGGAUGAGGAUCUGUUUUGAGCUUCUGGAGAUGCUGAAAGCCCACAAGAAGGGAAUCCGGAGAGCAACUGUGAACACAUUUGGCUACAUAGCAAAAGCCAUUGGGCCACAGGAUGUGUUGGCAACACUUUUGAACAACCUUAAGGUGCAGGAACGUCAGAACCGUGUUUGCACAACCGUGGCCAUUGCAAUAGUUGCAGAAACUUGUUCCCCUUUCACAGUUCUGCCAGCGUUGAUGAAUGAGUACCGUGUGCCAGAGCUUAAUGUGCAGAAUGGUGUUUUGAAAUCCCUGUCUUUCUUGUUUGAAUACAUAGGUGAGAUGGGGAAGGACUAUAUAUAUGCAGUUACUCCACUCCUUGAAGAUGCUCUCAUGGAUAGAGACCUGGUUCACAGGCAGACUGCAGCUUCUGCUGUUAAACACAUGGCAUUGGGUGUGGCUGGACUGGGUUGUGAGGAUGCUCUAGUGCACCUGUUGAACUAUGUAUGGCCAAAUAUAUUUGAGACAUCACCCCACGUUAUAAAUGCUGUUAUGGAAGCCAUAGAAGGGAUGAGGGUAGCCCUGGGUGCAGCCGUUAUCCUGAACUAUUGUCUCCAGGGUCUAUUCCAUCCGGCCAGGAAGGUCAGGGAGGUUUACUGGAAGAUCUAUAACUCGCUGUACAUUGGAUCGCAGGAUGCACUUGUGGCUGCUUAUCCCACAUUGGAGGACGAGGCUAGCAACAUAUUCAGCCGACCAGAAUUGAUGAUGUUUGUUUGAGCUGCAGUUACCAAGCAAGGUAGCCCAUCAGGAUCAAAACCAUAGUGUGGCAUCAUGUAAUCUUCUUUGUCCUGCGGUUUUUUUUUGAGAUGGGUUCUCUUGCUCGUCCAAGUUAAUUGACUUGUUAUUUUGCUAAUUCUGUUAUCGAGAUUUAGCUCGUACACCUUUUAAGUUUUAAUUUCUCGAAAGUGUUAUGUAACCGCUUUUAAUAUGGAAGCUCCUUGGUGGAAAAGUUCAGGCAUAUAUAAUAUGACAUGUAUUAUGAUCAUUAUUUAUCUA